AUGGCACAAAAGGGCCAACUCAGCGACGAUGAGAAAUUCCUCUUUGUGGACAAAAACUUCAUCAACAGCCCAGUGGCCCAGGCUGACUGGGUGGCCAAGAAGCUGGUGUGGGUCCCUUCCGAAAAGCAGGGCUUCGAGGCCGCCAGCAUCAAGGAGGAGAAGGGCGAUGAGGUGGUGGUGGAGCUGGUGGAGAACGGCAAGAAGGUCACAGUCGGCAAGGACGACAUCCAGAAGAUGAACCCGCCCAAGUUCUCCAAGGUGGAGGACAUGGCAGAGCUGACGUGCCUCAAUGAGGCCUCGGUGCUGCACAACCUGAGGGAGAGGUACUUCUCGGGCCUCAUCUAUACCUACUCCGGCCUCUUCUGCGUGGUGGUCAACCCCUACAAGCACCUGCCCAUCUACUCGGAGAAGAUCGUGGACAUGUACAAGGGCAAGAAGAGGCACGAGAUGCCGCCCCACAUCUACGCCAUCGCCGACACGGCCUACAGGAGCAUGCUGCAGGAUCGCGAGGACCAGUCUAUUCUGUGCACAGGUGAGUCUGGAGCCGGCAAAACAGAAAACACCAAGAAGGUCAUCCAGUACCUGGCUGUGGUGGCCUCGUCACACAAGGGCAAGAAGGACACCAGCAUCACGCAAGGCCCAUCUUUUGCCUACGGAGAGCUGGAAAAACAGCUUCUACAAGCAAACCCCAUUCUGGAGGCUUUCGGCAAUGCCAAAACAGUGAAGAACGAUAACUCCUCUCGAUUCGGCAAGUUCAUCCGCAUCAAUUUCGACGUCACCGGCUACAUCGUGGGAGCCAACAUCGAGACGUAUCUUCUAGAGAAGUCUCGGGCAAUUCGCCAAGCCAGAGAGGAAAGGACCUUCCACAUAUUUUACUAUCUGAUUGCAGGAGCCAAGGAGAAGAUGAAAAAUGACCUGCUUCUGGAAGGCUUCAACAACUACACAUUUCUCUCCAACGGCUUUGUGCCCAUCCCAGCCGCUCAGGACGAUGAGAUGUUCCAGGAGACACUGGAGGCCAUGUCCAUCAUGGGCUUCAGUGAGGAGGAGCAGCUGGCCAUACUGAAAGUGGUGUCCUCCGUCCUCCAGCUGGGAAAUAUCGUCUUCAAGAAGGAAAGAAACACAGACCAGGCAUCCAUGCCAGAUAACACAGCUGCUCAGAAAGUUUGCCACCUUGUGGGGAUUAAUGUGACAGAUUUUACCAGAGCCAUCCUCACCCCACGUAUCAAAGUUGGACGGGAUGUGGUACAGAAAGCUCAGACGAAGGAACAGGCUGACUUUGCUAUCGAGGCUUUGGCCAAGGCCACCUACGAGCGCCUUUUCCGCUGGAUACUCAGUCGAGUCAACAAAGCCCUGGACAAGACCCAUCGGCAAGGGGCUUCCUUCCUGGGCAUCCUGGACAUUGCUGGAUUUGAGAUCUUUGAGGUGAACUCCUUCGAGCAGCUGUGCAUCAACUACACCAACGAGAAGCUGCAGCAGCUGUUCAACCACACCAUGUUCAUCCUGGAGCAGGAGGAGUACCAGCGCGAGGGCAUCGAGUGGAACUUCAUCGACUUCGGCCUCGACCUGCAGCCCUGCAUCGAGCUCAUCGAGCGCCCGAACAACCCUCCUGGUGUGCUGGCCUUGCUGGAUGAGGAGUGCUGGUUCCCCAAAGCCACUGACAAGUCUUUUGUGGAAAAGCUGUGCUCAGAGCAGGGCAACCACCCCAAGUUCCAGAAGCCCAAGCAGCUCAAGGACAAAACUGAGUUUUCCAUCAUCCACUAUGCGGGGAAGGUGGACUACAAUGCAAGUGCCUGGCUGACCAAGAACAUGGACCCGCUGAACGACAAUGUGACCUCGCUCCUCAACGCCUCCUCAGACAAGUUCGUGGCUGACCUGUGGAAAGACGUGGACCGGAUCGUGGGGCUGGACCAGAUGGCCAAGAUGACUGAGAGCUCCAUGCCCAGUGCCUCCAAGACGAAGAAGGGCAUGUUCCGCACGGUGGGGCAGCUGUACAAGGAGCAGCUGGGCAAGCUGAUGACCACACUGCGCAAUACCACACCCAACUUUGUGCGCUGCAUCAUCCCCAACCACGAGAAGAGGUCUGGCAAGCUGGAUGCCUUCUUGGUGCUGGAGCAGCUGCGGUGCAAUGGAGUGUUGGAGGGCAUCCGCAUCUGCCGCCAGGGCUUCCCCAACAGGAUUGUCUUCCAAGAGUUCCGCCAGCGCUACGAGAUCCUGGCGGCGAACGCUAUUCCCAAAGGCUUCAUGGAUGGGAAGCAGGCCUGCAUCCUCAUGAUCAAAGCCCUAGAACUCGACCCCAACUUGUACAGGAUUGGACAGAGCAAAAUCUUCUUCCGCACUGGGGUCCUGGCUCACCUGGAAGAGGAGCGAGACUUGAAGAUCACUGAUGUCAUCAUGGCUUUCCAGGCCAUGUGUCGUGGAUACCUGGCCAGAAAGGCCUUCACCAAGAGGCAGCAGCAGCUGACAGCCAUGAAGGUGAUUCAGAGGAACUGCGCCGCCUACCUCAAGCUGCGCAACUGGCAGUGGUGGCGGCUCUUCACCAAAGUGAAGCCGCUGCUGCAGGUGACCCGGCAGGAGGAGGAGAUGCAGGCCAAGGAGGACGAGCUGCAGAAGACCAAGGAGCGGCAGAUGAAGGCAGAGAGCGAGCUCAAGGAGCUGGAGCAGAAGCACACUCAGCUGGCCGAGGAGAAGAACCUGCUGCAGGAGCAGCUGCAGGCAGAGACCGAGCUGUAUGCGGAGGCCGAAGAGAUGCGGGUCCGGCUGGCAGCCAAGAAGCAGGAACUGGAGGAGAUCCUGCAUGAGAUGGAGGCACGCCUGGAGGAGGAGGAGGACCGGGGCCAACAGCUACAGGCCGAGCGGAAGAAGAUGGCCCAGCAGAUGCUGGACCUAGAGGAACAGCUGGAGGAGGAGGAAGCUGCCAGACAGAAGCUGCAGCUGGAGAAGGUCACGGCCGAGGCCAAGAUCAAGAAACUGGAGGAUGACAUCCUGGUCAUGGAUGAUCAGAAUAACAAACUGUCAAAAGAGCGAAAACUCCUCGAAGAGAGGAUUAGUGACUUGACGACAAAUUUAGCAGAAGAGGAAGAAAAAGCCAAGAAUCUGACCAAGCUGAAAAAUAAGCACGAGUCCAUGAUUUCAGAACUGGAAGUACGGUUGAAGAAGGAAGAGAAGAGCCGGCAGGAGCUGGAGAAGCUGAAGCGGAAGCUGGAAGGUGACGCCAGUGACUUCCACGAACAGAUUGCAGACCUCCAGGCGCAGAUCGCAGAGCUCAAGAUGCAGCUGGCGAAGAAGGAGGAGGAGCUCCAGGCAGCUCUGGCAAGGCUGGAUGAUGAAAUGGCCCAGAAGAACAAUGCCCUGAAGAAGAUCCGGGAGCUGGAGGGCCACAUCUCAGACCUCCAGGAGGACCUGGACUCCGAGCGGGCCGCGAGGAACAAGGCCGAGAAGCAGAAGCGAGACCUUGGGGAGGAGCUGGAGGCGCUGAAGACGGAGCUGGAGGACACACUGGACACCACAGCCACACAGCAGGAGCUCAGGGCCAAGAGGGAGCAGGAGGUGACCGUGCUGAAGAAGGCGCUGGAUGAGGAGACGCGCUCCCACGAGGCCCAGGUGCAGGAGAUGAGGCAGAAACACACGCAGGCGGUGGAGGAGCUCACGGAGCAGCUGGAGCAGUUCAAGAGGGCCAAGGCGAACCUGGACAAGAGCAAGCAGACGCUGGAGAAGGAGAACGCAGAGCUGGCUGGGGAGCUGCGAGUCCUCGGCCAGGCGAAACAGGAGGUAGAGCACAAGAAGAAGAAGCUGGAGGUGCAGCUGCAGGAGCUGCAGUCCAAGUGCAGUGAUGGAGAGCGAGCCCGGGCCGAGCUCAACGACAAGGUCCACAAGCUGCAGAACGAAGUGGAGAGCGUCACAGGCAUGCUCAACGAGGCGGAGGGCAAGGCCAUUAAACUGGCCAAGGAUGUGGCGUCCCUUGGGUCCCAGCUCCAGGACACCCAGGAGCUGCUUCAGGAAGAAACCCGGCAGAAGCUAAACGUGUCCACCAAGCUGCGCCAGCUAGAGGAUGAGCGGAACAGCCUACAGGACCAACUGGAUGAGGAGAUGGAGGCUAAGCAGAACCUGGAGCGCCACAUCUCCACCCUCAACAUCCAGCUCUCCGACUCGAAGAAGAAACUACAGGACUUGGCUGGCACCGUGGAAGCCAUGGAGGAAGGAAAGAAAAGGUUCCAAAAGGAAAUCGAGGGUCUUACCCAGCAGUAUGAGGAGAAGGCAGCUGCUUAUGACAAACUGGAAAAGACCAAGAACAGGCUUCAGCAGGAGCUAGAUGACCUGGUCGUCGAUUUGGACAACCAGCGGCAACUGGUGUCCAACCUGGAGAAGAAGCAGAAGAAGUUUGAUCAGUUAUUGGCCGAGGAGAAGAACAUCUCUUCCAAAUACGCGGAUGAGAGGGACCGAGCUGAAGCAGAAGCCAGGGAGAAGGAAACCAAGGCCUUGUCCCUGGCCAGGGCUCUCGAGGAGGCCCUGGAAGCCAAGGAGGAGCUCGAGAGGACAAACAAAAUGCUCAAGGCCGAGAUGGAAGACCUGGUCAGCUCUAAGGACGAUGUGGGCAAGAACGUGCAUGAGCUGGAGAAGUCUAAGCGGGCCCUGGAGACCCAGAUGGAAGAGAUGAAGACGCAGCUGGAAGAGUUGGAGGACGAGCUGCAGGCCACCGAAGAUGCCAAGCUGCGGCUGGAGGUCAACAUGCAGGCGCUCAAGGGCCAGUUUGAGCGGGAUCUCCAAGCCCGGGACGAGCAGAACGAGGAGAAGAGGCGGCAGCUGCAGCGGCAGCUUCACGAGUAUGAGACGGAACUGGAGGAUGAGCGAAAGCAGCGCGCCCUGGCGGCGGCAGCCAAGAAGAAGCUGGAAGGGGACCUGAAAGAUCUGGAGCUUCAGGCUGACUCCGCCAUCAAGGGGAGGGAGGAAGCCAUCAAGCAGCUCCGAAAACUGCAGGCUCAGAUGAAGGACUUCCAGAGAGAGCUGGAAGAUGCCCGCGCCUCCAGAGACGAGAUCUUUGCCACUGCCAAGGAGAAUGAGAAGAAAGCCAAGAGCCUGGAGGCCGACCUCAUGCAGCUCCAGGAGGAUCUCGCAGCAGCUGAGAGGGCACGCAAGCAGGCCGACCUGGAGAAGGAGGAGCUGGCUGAGGAGCUGGCCAGCAGCUUGUCCGGAAGGAACACACUGCAAGACGAGAAACGCCGCCUGGAGGCCCGGAUUGCUCAGCUGGAGGAGGAGCUGGAGGAAGAACAGGGCAACAUGGAGGCCAUGAGCGACCGGGUCCGCAAGGCCACACAGCAGGCUGAGCAGCUCGGCAACGAGCUGGCGACAGAGCGCAGCACGGCCCAGAAAAACGAGAGUGCACGACAGCAGCUGGAGAGGCAGAACAAGGAGCUCCGCAGCAAGCUGCAGGAGAUGGAGGGGGCAGUGAAGUCCAAGUUCAAGUCCACCAUCGCAGCGCUCGAGGCCAAGAUUGCACAGUUGGAAGAGCAGGUGGAGCAGGAGGCCAGAGAUAAACAGGCAGCUGCCAAGUCGCUGAAGCAGAAGGACAAGAAGCUGAAGGAGGCCUUGCUGCAGGUGGAGGACGAGCGCAAGAUGGCCGAGCAGUACAAGGAGCAGGCGGAGAAAGGAAACACCAGAGUCAAGCAGCUCAAGAGGCAGCUGGAGGAGGCCGAGGAGGAGUCCCAGCGCAUCAAUGCCAACCGCAGGAAGCUGCAGCGGGAGCUGGAUGAGGCCACAGAGAGCAAUGAGGCCAUGGGCCGCGAGGUGACCGCGCUCAAGAGCAAGCUCAGGCUGCUUCCUGCUCUGGCACUAGUGUGGUGCACCAAGGUGGGCCAGGACCAGACCUGGCUGCAGCCCCUGGCCUCACCUUCCAUCUCCCGUAACAUGUGAGGAGAAGACAGAGCCCUGACUCCGGAAACCUUCACCGCAUCCUCCGUCACGACCAGCCCCCUUUUCUGAACAUUCGGUAUUCCUUCUUUCUGGACCUCCGUGUCACUGCCAUUUGGGGCCGGAUGCUCCUUUGCGGGAGGGCCCAGCUUGUGCAUGGCUGGGAAUGGGAGAAUAAAAGCAUCUCCUGAGGAUGCAGAUAGGCCCUGGGGUACCAUGGCCCUUGCCGAGGCUCUGCCCUCACUGCUGAGCUGUUGCCUGUCCCACCCCUGAGGGCGGCAGCCCCGCUCCUGCUGCACAGGCUGCUUCUUCCUCAGCCUGUCUGCCCUGUUUGGCUCCCCGAAGGUUCUGGCUCUAGGCUUCCCAUCUCUCCCAGGCCACUGGCUCUUCUGAUCUCAUCAUCCCAGUGGCCUUCAGCCUCCUGUCCCUUACCUUCUGCAUGAUCUCACCACUCCCUCAGGCUGACAUGUGACCUGUAGGCCCUCAUGAUUCCGCCAUCCACAACCCCCUCUCUGGCUGUGUCUUCCUGGGGCCUUUGCCCCACUGAUGAUCUCUUCCUUUCACAGCCCCCACAGACCCCGGGCUCAGCUUCAGGCCCCCAGCACCCGGGUCCCUGUCACGCUUCACCAGACUGGGUUGAAACAUAGGCCACACUAAAUCCCACCUUCAUCUGCUCCGCAGCACAAAGGAGCAUGAGAAAAGCAGACCACUGGCGCCACACCCACAUUACUGCCUGACGGGCCUCACCCUACAACCUCCCUCCUCAGUCUCCUACGAGACUGAAGUUAAACCUCACUUCUGGUUUAACUGCAAAGCAGAACUGAUCGUGAAAUUCCUCCCACUUCCCCAUCGACCUGUCCUGACAUCUCUGCUCAUUUCCUCUCCUUGCCAGCACUGAUGCUGUCCCCUGCCUUACUUGCUCAGGUGGCUGCUUCGAGUCCCCCUCUGACACAUUUUCCCUCUGGCUGUUAUUCCAGCAGCAAGAAACACCUCUCACCUCUCCUCCCCACCAACUGCAGGAGCAAAGGUGCUGGAGGCUGCACUCGCUGCCUAGGGCCUCGCCGUGGCUGCAUCCACUCCUCACCUGACUGCAGCAGCGGGGGUGACAGGUGCAGCCCCUCACUCCAUGUCCACCUUCUUCCCUGGGCUUCCCAGGCCCCUCCGCACUUACUGGCUCUCUCCAUCUAAAACCCACCUGGCACUCUGCUUCUCCCGCCUCUCUCCUCACUCCCUUCAGCCAGUCUUCUGGCUUUAGAAUUCCGUGUUUGGCGAAUAAGCUUAUCUCUUAGCCGAUGCCUUCCCAGGACCUCAGCCUCACCUGAUCUUCCCACCUGGGUAUCCAGAGGCAGCUCAUGCCUCACACGCCCCAGACCCCCAGUUGCAGUGCCUCACUUCCCACCACCCAGCUCGGACUACAAACCUAGGGUCAUUCUGUUUUUCUCCCUCCCUGGCAACCCACAUCUAGUCUGUUGGAAAAUUGCUCAACUGCCCCUUCAAAACAGUACACUUCGGGAAUCCCAUUUCCUGAUCCUUUGGUCAGAGCCACCGUCCCCCUCAUCCUGAUUACGUUCACAGUCUCUUCAUGGGCCUCCAGCUUCCACGCUGCCUCUUGCAAUCUGGUGUCAACCAAACCCCAAAAGGGAUCCUAUUUAAUGCUUUCUUCACUCAGAGCCAAAGCUACAUCUUUACGGUGUUUCAUUUCUGUUCACUGCCUUGACUAUUACCCUUCCCGUCUUCACACACUGCCUCAGCCGCGAGACUCUUCCCCCAGCUCCCUCUUUCCACCCGCCUUCAGUCCUUACUCGGAAGUCGCCCAGUCUAAAAUGUCUGAGCUCAGUCCCUGACUCCCUCUCUCCCUUACAUUCGCCAUGUCACCUGCUGAUUAUUUUAUCUCACGGUCUGUCUCCCUCUCGGCCUGCAGCUCCCAUGAGCACAGAGGGGUUUGUGUGUCCAUCCCCGCUGUCUAGGUCAGCACUGGACACACAGGAAACCUUCAGUCGCUGAGCACAGAGGACUCACUCAUUCUCUCACCACCUUUGUCAGCUGCGUUGGCCCCUUACUGCCUGCCAUCCACUUAAUAAGUAAAACUUUCCACUCCUAUUUUUAAGCCAGUGCCGCUUAUAUUAAAAGGUCACGAUGCAGUUAAAUACUACAGUGACUUUAAAGCAAUAUUGAGCCAUGUGUGGUGGCGCACACCUGCAGUCCUAGCACUUGGGAGGCUGAGGC